CAGGAGGGGGACGCCGUGGCCCGGCUGAGAGACCUCCCAGCCCGAGGGCAGCGCGCAAACUGGAGUCUCCGGGAAGGACUGGGGUUCCGGGCGCCCGGCGGCUGCUGAUGCUACAGCGACAACUGAGCUCCCCGCAGGGCAGUAGCAUGGAGUCCAAGAGCAGCCCGCUGACCACACAUGUGCUAGACACCGCCUCGGGGCUCCCGGCUGAGGGCCUCUGCCUUCGUUUAUCCAGGCUGGAAGACUUCACCCAGCAGUGGACAGAAUUGAGGAGGAGCUACACAGACCCAGAUGGCCGCUGCCCUGGACUCCUGAUACCAGGUCAAAUGAAGCCAGGCACCUACAAACUGUCUUUCGACACUGAGGCUUACUGGAAGAAAAGGGGGCAGGAGAGCUUCUACCCAUAUGUGGAGGUUGUUUUCAACAUUGCAAAGGAAACUCAGAAGUUCCACGUGCCUCUGCUACUGAGCCCCUGGUCAUACACCACCUACCGAGGGAGCUAGAACCAAGUCCUGCUAAGGCAGCCAUCUGCCCUUCCUUCUCUGGCUAAUCAGACACCAAAUCCUUAAGAGUGGGCUUUAUGUUCAUUGAAGGCACUGCUACCCUAUGGAGGUGCUGGCCACCCUGGAGUUUCCCAGUGGGCAUCUGUGGCUUGGGUGUCAAUAAAGUCAGCGCUAGCUUCUA